CAUCUUGAUGAAGUGUCGAACAAGGAACGGUAUGAUCGCGUCACAGUGAAUGCCAAAGUAUUGAUGGUUUCACCUAAGGCCCAGAUAUCAGAUGGGCUCUGGAAACAAGAUGUUCAUAUCGCAGAUUCCACGACAUCAACUAAGCUAAUUCUUUUUGAGAACAAGAUUGAUUCGCUUGUAAAAGGUGAAACAUACAAAUUUGAAAACAUUCUUGUCAAUGAGUUCCAGCACGAAAAAUAUCUUCAAGUACCUCGCAACGGGUCAACAGGGACAAAAAUUGAGGAACUGCCAAAUGUUGUGGCCCAUGAUGAUGUCCCAGACACUUUCCCAACUGUACCAUCAGCUGAAAUUGUAGGUGUUUUAUCACUCGACUCGUAUAUCUCAUGUCUCAACUGCAAAAGUAAGAUCACCAUCUCAACUGACACUACAGGCAAAUGCAACAAAUGCUCAUUGAUUCAAAGUCUUCGUCACUCCACAAAGCAAUUGAGAGCUAAAGUUAUCAUAAGCACACCAAGUGGAAACUAUCUUACAUUGGACGUAUUUGGCCAAAAUGUAGCAGCAAUUGCUGAAAAAGAUGAAGCCGAAGUCACUGCUGACAACCUAAUCUCUGCACAGCCCUUCUCAUGUUCUUAUAAUGGUACUGUCAUGAACUCAGUUACGCGACCUUGA